AUGUCGGGUGCAUUGUGGGUGGCAGCUCAGCUGUCAAUGCUCAGGGGUUUCAGCGAGGGACCAAGCGUGACUACAACAACUGGUCUGUACCUCUUGUUGAACACAAUUCGCACUCAUUUGGCCUGGUCUAACAAUACCAGGGCUGAGCUUUCCGGCGUCAACGACAGUAGCUGGAAUUGGGAUGAUCUUCAGCCUUACUUCAGAAAGGCCAUCCAACUUGGUAGCGGGCCUCAUCCAGACAUAGCCAGGGUCUACAACAUGACAUACAACGCAGGGAGUUAUGGAACCAACACGAGCAAGCACAGCAUCUUUGCCACAUUUUCUAGGGGCCAUACGCCUGCUAUCAUUCCAAUCUAUCAAGCCCUCCGUGGAUAUCCUGGUGUGGAAAUCCCAAUUGACCAUUCGGUUGGCACCCUCGGACUAGCCUGGACACCAAGAUCAAUGGAACCGAUCUCUUUCAACCGGUCAUAUUCUCGAAGUGGACACUAUGACGGCCUUAACAGGGACAAUUACCACCUGCUCACCGCUACCAGGGUCGAAAAGGUUGUGUUCAAGGGCAAGACAGCAGAAGGUGUGGAGAUCUCCCCUCGCUGGGCUGAAGCACACGAGGGCAAGGGCAAGGGGAAGGGCAAAAUUAAUGGGAAAGGGAGCGGUAAGAGGGUUAUCAGAGCUCGGAAAGAGAUCGUCCUCUCCGCUGGAGCCAUCCACACCCCCCAGAUCCUCCAGUUGAGUGGCAUUGGCCCUGCUUCUCUUCUCAAGCAAGCGAAGAUUCCCGUCAUAGUCGACCUUCCCGGUGUUGGCGCUAAUUUGCAAGACCACGCUUACCAGCCGGCAGUUCAGUUCAACUUAAACACCACCCUCCCCCCCAUCGAAGCCUUCCUCUUCGGCCCCGGCCUCAACCUCAUGCUCGGCCUCCCAGGCAUCUCCCCUACCCGGUACCAAUCCCUUGCCGCUUCCUACCUCUCCCAGUCCCCCUCCGAGUUCCUCCAGAAACACAUCCACCCCACCAUCAUUGCCGGCUACGCCCAGCAACAACGUCUCUACGCCGCAGGCAUGCUAGACAAAAACUUUGCCUUCUCCGCCACCGGAGUCGGCGCCCUACCUGUUGCUGCUCCUCAGCUCAUGCACGGCCUAUCUCGCGGCACCGUCACUCUCAACCUCUCCUCUCCGCUGUCAGAACCGAUAGUUGACUACCGUUUUGCUUCCAACCCGCUUGAUCUUGACAUUGUGGCUGAAAACAUAAAGUUCUAUCGAAGGUUUUACACCGGUCCCGAUAGUACACUGAGGCAGUACGUUGAUUUGACUUUGGGGGAAAGCCAGCCUGGUAAGGGGUACCAGUCUGAUGAGGGGCUGAAGGGGUGGUUGAGAGAGAACUUGGUGCCGAGUGUGUAUCACCCAAGUGGGACAGCCGCGAAAAUGGCGAGGGAGUGGGGGGGGGUGGUGAAUGAAGGGUUGGAGGUAUAUGGAGUGAAAGGGUUGAGUGUGGUGGAUACGAGUAUUUUUCCUACUAUUCCAGGGGCGGCGACGAGUAUGACUGUUUAUGCUGUUGCUGAGAAGGCUGCCGAUCUGAUCAAGGCGAGGGCUGUAGUUGUUGUAGGCUUGUGAAGAUAAGGCAGUUGAGAGGCUUGAAAAGGCAUUUGAGAGUUUUGAGAGCAAUGGGCGAGAUGUGUCAACAAAUCGCCACCUUGA